ACACAUAUAUAUAUAUAUUACUAAUAUAUCUACAAAGAGAGUAGCCAUAGCAUGUAAUUUGAUAAUUCUUUUAUUAAUACUCAUUUCUUCCCAGUUGGUGUACGUUAUUUACGUGUGUACGUUGAAAGGAUUUGAUCUAUGGAAAUAAAAAAAAAAUCCAGUGGGAAAUAUAGCCUAGUUGGCUGUAUUUACCUGCACUUUCUCUCCACUUUCCCAAUUAACGGCGUAAUGACGUCACGCGCGAAAGGACAGCUAGCUUGUAGGGUAUAUAAACAUGAGGACACUCAAGGGGCAGCACAUCCCUCCGCGCCCGCCUCGCUCCCAGACGCAGCAUAAAUCAUGAACGCUAAGGUGUUGUUGACCGCUUUCGUCUGCGUCGCCUUCGGGAACGCCACGCCACUGUACCUUCCAGACGCGCAGGUGCCCGAGGCACCGAAAGUUUAUGCCUUUGCUUACGGCGUGCAGGAUGACUAUAGCGGCAGCAACUUCGGCCAUCAGGAGUCCCAUGACGGGUUGAGGACGACGGGGCAGUACCGCGUGGCCCUCCCCGACGGCCGCAUCCAGAGGGUCACCUACACGGCCGACGAGAAUGGCUACGUUGCCCAGGUCACUUACGAAGGCCAGGCCAGGUUCCCCGAGCCCCUUGCCCCCUCGAAUCAGGGCAACCCUACGGCGUACAACCUCUACGCCCCGCCGCAGGCCUCUGCGCCCACCACCACCACCGCCCCGCCUGCAAGUGACCCCGAGCCGUCGCUGGGCUACCUUCCUCUGCCACUCUACCAGGCUCCCUCGGCCCCGAAGCAGGAGCCCGCGCAGCUGAGGCUCGACUCCACACCCCUCGAGAGCCCCGAGGAGUCGCUCGCUCCCUCGAGGACUCUUUCGCUGCCAGCUGCCUUGGCGAGCCCUUGAGAUGGCACUUGAGAUGGCACUGCUGGUCAUGGGAUAUGAUGUCACCGUGAUCCUGUGGUUCUGUGCGCUGUAUAUAUCUACAAAGUAAAUUUGAUACAUGUUUAUUG